AUGAUUCGAGACGCCAUCGUGUUCGGUACCCGGGAUCACAAGGUACGUGAAAAAUGCAUUGGUGAGGGUUCGGACUUGACCCUGGAGAAAGCUAUGAACUUUGCGCGUACAUGUGAAAUUUCUAAGCAGCAAAUACAGACUAUGGAAGACAAAUCGGUACAUGGAAUAUCGAAAGGUAGGACUCCCCCAAACCGGAAGUCAGCACCGACUAAAAGCGAAAGUGAAAGUAAGAAAUCGAUGGUGAAAGACUGUAAAUAUUGUGGCCAAACUCAUGAGUUUAAGCGAUGUCCUGCAUAUGGUGAAACAUGUAGAAAGUGUGGAAAUCCAAACCACUUUGCAGUUAAGUGUCACUUAGGAAAAAAGCGUGCUGUCGCUAGUUCGAAGAAAAACAAUAGAUCAAAGACUAUGCAUGCAGUAGACACAUCAGAUGAAGAAUUCUUUAUUGGUUCAGUGAAUGUUAAUGGUGAAAAUCAUGAUGUAGAAUGGUAUGAAACAGUGAAGGUGAAGGACACUAAUAUUCACUUCCAACUUGACACUGGAGCAAAGUGUAAUGUUUUGUCAUCAGCUGAUCUCAAGAAAAUAGACAAAAAUUUGAAAGUUACACCAACCUUUUCACCACUGAAGUCAUUCUCUGGACACUACAUUCGUUGUUCUGGUACUGUUAUACUACCCUGUGUAUGGAAGGGUGCAAUGCUGCCAUAUGUGAAAUUCUACAUUAUUGACCAAACUGUGAACCCUGUUCUGGGAGCUGACACAUGUUCCAAGCUAGGACUCGUUCAGCGAAUACACAGCAUUGUGAGGAAAAACCGUACUGUACCACAUGGCAUUCCCCAGGAUUAUCAGGACUUAUUCAGUGGACUUGGAUGCUUACCAGGCACAUACUCAAUCAAGGUGGAUGAAAACAUUCAGCCAGUGAUACAUCCUCCACGCAAGAUUCCCAUAGCCUUGAGGGACAAGGUCAAGGAAGAGCUCGACAGAAUGGAGCGUGAAGGAGUGAUUGUGAAGCAACGCGAGCCGACGAAAUGGGUCAACUCCAUGGUAACUGUUACGAAGCCAAAUGGAAAGAUCAGGAUUUGCAUUGAUCCUCGUGACCUAAACCGUGCCAUACUUCGGGAACAUUUUCCCUUAAAAACUGUUGAAGAAGUUGCAGCUAGGAUGUCUGGAGCCAAGAUUUUCAGCAAAUUAGAUGCCACCUCUGGAUUUUGGCAGACCAAACUAGAUGACGAGAGUUCGAAACUCUGCACAUUUAGUUCUCCGUUUGGACGUUAUCAAUUCACUCGAAUGCCCUUUGGAAUCAAGUCCGCACCUGAAGUGUUUCAACGUGCCAUAUCUGAAAUGAUUCAGGAUCUCGAUGGAACAGAGGCGAUUAUUGAUGACAUUAUUGUAUGGGGAACCACAGAAGUUGAACAUGACAAACGUUUGAAAGCCUUACUGGAUCGAGCAAGACAACAUAACUUGAAGCUCAGCGUGGACAAGUGUGAGAUCAGACGCUCAGAGCUGACGUACGUGGGACACAGAUUUACUGACUCGGGUCUGAAACCCGAUCCCGAAAAAGUCCGUGCUGUACAGGAAAUGGACCGUCCCAAUAAUGUGAAAGACUUGCAAACAUUUAUGGGCUUUGUUCAAUACUUAGGGAAGUUUAUGCCCAAUCUAUCGGAAGUUGGCAGUCCAUUACGACAGCUACUGGAGAAAAACACUCUAUGGAAAUGGGAAAGUGAACAGGAAAAAAGCUAUGAGAAAUUGAAACGCAUGACUACUAGUGCACCGAUCCUUCAGUACUUUGAUCCAAACAAGCCAAUGAUGUUGUCCGUAGAUGCCAGUUCUAAAGGACUAGGUGCAGUGUUGAUUCAGGAAGAUAAGCCAGUUGCGUACGGAUCACGCGCACUGACCGAAACACAACAACGAUAUUCUCAGAUUGAGAAAGAAACUCUGGCUAUUCUCUAUGGAUGUACAAAAUUCCAUGAUUACGUAUAUGGUCACAGUGUACUGGUUGAAUCGGACCAUAAGCCUUUGGAAAGUAUCUUCAAGAAACCUGUUCUAUCUUCACCUCCAAGACUACAAAGAUUCGUGUUAGCGCUUGAAAAGUAUGACAUUCAAGUAGUUUACAAACCUGGAAAGAAAAUGUUCUUGGCUGAUCAUUUGAGUCGCUCCUAUCUGAAAGAGACUAAGGAAGCCCUCGUACCAGAUCUACAAGUGAACGAAAUACAUCUUACUUCAUACUUACCUGUGUCACAGGAAGUGCAGGACAGGAUCCGGAAGGAAACCGGUCAAGAUGACGAGUUACAGCAACUCUUGGACACUAUCUUGGAUGGAUGGCCAAACAACAAAGCAGACCUAGCACCGGAAAUUAGAGCCUACUGGAAUUUCCGUGAUGAACUUUCAUGCAUUGAUGGUAUUCUCUACAAGUCUCACAAACUGAUUGUCCCAAAGUCGAUGCAGAAUGAAAUGCUGGAGAAGCUACAUAUUGGACACCAAGGAAUUGUGAAGACCAAAAACCGAGCGAGAGACAUUCUCUUUUGGAACGGUAUGGGAAAAGACAUAGAGAACCUCGUGAGCGCAUGUGCAACUUGUGCCAAAUAUCAGGCUGCUAAUCCUAAGGAACCAAUGAUCCCAAGCGAACUUCCAUCAAGACCGUGGUCAAAGAUUGGAAUGGAUCUGUUUGAACUUAGUGGAAACCAUUACUUACUGGUAGUUGAUUAUUUAUCGAAGUGGCCCGAACUUGCCAAACUGGAGUCACUCACCUCUAAGUGCGUGAUCACUCAUUUGAAAAGCAUGAUUUCCAAAUAUGGAAUUCCGGAUAUCAUAAUUAGUGAUAAUGGACCACAAUUUAGUAGUUAUGAGUUCAAGGAGUUUGUGAAAUCAUAUUACAUCACACAUACCACAACCAGUCCGUACCAUGCUCAGAGUAAUGGACAGACAGAGCGAAUGGUUCAGACCAUGAAACGUCUUAUUACCAAAUCUCAAGAUCCAUACUUAGCUCUUUUGGAGUAUCGGAACACCAAGAUUGAUGGUAUUGAUAUGUCACCUGCUCAGCUAUUUUUAGGACGCAGACUGAAGUCUAUCUUACCUACAGCAAUCCCUCUACUGAAAUCUUGGGUAGAUGACAACACAUUGGUCAGGAUGAAAUGUCGACAGGAAAAACAGGAGGAGAACUUUAACAGACAUGCUAAAAAGGAACCACUUAAACCUCUCAAGGCAGGAGACUCCGUAAUGAUGCAGAGCCAAUCAGGACAAUGGACAAGCGGAUUCGUUAAAGACUUACACCCUACAAAACGUUCGUAUGUCAUCGAGAGCAAAGAACGAUGCUACAGACGUAACCGCAAAUUCCUGAGACCUACUCGUGUCCGAGGUAACUCAGUCUCCAGAGAUGAUGUCCCUGUGUAUACCGAUGCGACAUUGCGUUCUAAGACCAAUCAGAGCACCAAUGAUAUAUCAGCAGCUUCAGAUGUGCAACCAAAUACCGUCACCGAGACAGCUAGAUCUGACGUCGAACCACCAGCCGAAAACCCUGCGCAUUUUACCCGUAGUGGCCGCUGUGUUAAACUCCCUGCACGAUACCGAGAAUGA